GCAAACCAGUGAUGAUUGUCACAGAGUACAUGGAAAACGGCUCUUUGGAUACUUUUUUAAAGAAAAAUGAUGGGCAGUUCACUGUGAUUCAGCUAGUGGGUAUGCUGAGGGGAAUUGCAUCUGGAAUGAAGUACCUCUCAGACAUGGGCUAUGUACACAGAGACCUAGCAGCAAGAAACAUCCUCAUUAACAGCAAUCUGGUGUGCAAGGUUUCAGAUUUUGGCCUUUCCAGGGUCCUUGAAGAUGAUCCUGAAGCUGCAUACACAACAAGGGGAGGAAAAAUACCCAUACGAUGGACAGCCCCUGAAGCAAUUGCUUUUCGUAAGUUCACCUCUGCCAGUGAUGUCUGGAGCUAUGGAAUAGUGAUGUGGGAAGUCAUGUCAUAUGGUGAAAGACCCUACUGGGAGAUGACAAACCAAGACGUAAUUAAAGCUGUUGAGGAAGGUUACCGGUUGCCAAGUCCCAUGGAUUGCCCGGCUGCUCUUUAUCAGCUCAUGCUGGAUUGCUGGCAGAAAGACCGGAACAGCAGACCCAAGUUUGAAGAGAUUGUCAGUAUGUUGGACAAGUUGAUCCGUAACCCAAGCAGCUUGAAGUCACUUGUUAAUUCAUCUAACAGGGUAUCAAAUUUACUGGUAGAGCAUACUCCAGCAGGUAGUGUUGUGUAUAGAUCUGUAAAUGAGUGGCUUGAAGGCAUUAAGAUGGGCAGAUACACAGAUACAUUUAUGGAGAAUGGAUACACUUCAAUGGAUGCAGUGACCCAGAUGACUUUGGAUGAUUUGAAGAGGUUUGGAGUGACUCUGGCUGGUCAUCAGAAGAAGAUAAUGAAUAGCAUCCAGGAAAUGAGAGCCCAGUUGUUGAAUGGAAUGGUACCGUUGUAAUUGUACCAUUCUGCAUCCAAGCAAGCCUGCACUUUGUAACCUGUCCAGAGAUUUAUAGGCAUAGAAAAAAAGGAAAUGAAAAAGGGAAGUAUAACGCUAUAGAAAAACUGAAAGCGACACAAUGAACAUACAACUGAUAACUGGAAAAAAAAUCAGUAUUUGACUCAAACUUCCAUUUAUUUUUUAUUUUGUCUGUGUCAUCAUUCUUCAUGAGUAAUUGCUACAUGCAUGGGACCCAGAGCAGGAUGUAGAGGCCUAAAGUGAGGUUAGCCAGUUGUUUGGCUAUUGUUACAAAAGACUUCCCAUGAUGCUUUGUACAGGAAUUGUAUAUAGCAUCUUGAUACUGCUUUCAUUGUAGCAGCACGCUAAAUACUUCCAAGGACUUACUUGAAUGGAUCAUUAAAAAAAAAAAAAGUUUUUGUAGCCAUGUACGGCCUAGGGGGGAUAAAGCUGCAGUUUUCUGACGUUUACUAAGUCUCAAUUGUCUACAAAAGUGUAUUGAAGAGCAAUAUGUUUAGAUUUUCUUCUUAGUUAUCUUUUU